AUCCUAGUCUUAUAGACGUUUGAAGAGCAAGGGGAAGCGUGAAUCCCACGAAGGAUAAAAACUGACACAUUAUAUGACUGACAAGACUUUAUAUCAAAAGACAUGAGACUGCUGAUAAGGAGACAGACUUGUUUGAGAAGGAUUUGGAAACAGAGUGACGGUAAAGAUGUGUUAUUCCGUGUUAGAGAUUCAACAGGUCUGCAGGAGAGAAAACAAUCACUGUCAAGUUUGUCCGUGACAAUACUUCAUCAACAGAAACAGCAUGAUAAUUCACCAGGAGACUGCAGCACAGUGUCAAACUCUACAACAAAGGAUAGCCCAGAUGGUCUUGAUGGGGAAGAUCAGUUCACAUCAGGAAAUGAUGCUUUAACCAACUUGUAUCAAUUAAUGAAACAUUUUGUACAACAGAAUUGUGUACCUUCUUACAUUUCACAGUUUAGAAGUCAAAAGUGUGAUAGUUCAUCAAGUUAUACAAGUUCACAGUUGGUGAAAGAAAGCUAUGACAAACAGAACUUAAUGCUGAAUUAUAUGGCACCUGCAGGGUCUCAGUUUUUUGAAGGGUUAGAGACGUUACCAGAGUUUCCUGUCAGUUUGGAUAUGUUUCCUCAGUAUAAUGUGUGUGGCUCUUAUCAGAACACACCUUUGUGUGGACAACUACUGAAAUCACACGUACAACAUCAGCUUUCUUCUUACUUUAUCUCACAACGUGGAAAUGGUAUAAAAGUGAAAAAUCCUGUACAGUCAUGUCAUGUAAGGCAUUACAGUAUCAGUAAACACAGUAACAGAUGUUCCCAGUAUUCUGACGACAGGACAGGCAGGCUACUGUCUGUACAGUAUCUUAUCAGCACACCGAGUGUUCACCAUUUGUUCUCAUCACUAGUUAUAUACAAAAAUUCUUGGCACCAUGGGAUGAGACAAACACAUAUCUUGAGUUUGGAACCAUUGAAGGCAUGUGGUUUGAUGCGACGAUGGAUCUCUAAGAAAGAGUACAAUUUUCCUGAACUGAAAGAGGAUGACCUGGUGGAGAGUUUCAUGCGGGGAGGAGGAGCUGGAGGUCAAGCUGUGGCAAAGACCAAUAACUGUGUAGUACUCUUGCACAAACCCACAGGCAUCCAGCUCAAGGUACAUGUAUCGAGGUCCCUUGAACAGAACAGGAAGAAGGCUCGAGAGAUGAUGAUAGAAAAACUGGAUUUACAUUUCAAUGGAGAAAACAGCUUUGCUGAACAAAAGAAAGCAGAAAAGAAAAAAGCUAAACAGAAAAUGAAAAAGAAGGCAGGACUUGUGAGAGAAAAAAUGAAAGCGUUUAAAGAGGGCCUUAAAAAAGAUGAAAAUGGUCCUGAUGAGAACUAAUUUUACUGAUGUCAAAAUAAUUGGAAUUACAUUAAUUUGUUAUUCAUAAAUGCAUUAAAUCUUACAGAGUAAACUUUCAUGUUAUAUUUUUGUUUCAUAUGUAGCAAAGGAAGAGAACAUUAUAUAUUGACUGUUGCUAUAUUAUACGUUUAUACAUAACUGCACAUGCUUGUACAUCGAAAUGUUGUCUGAAACGUGUACAUGUAAUGGCAUUAGACAAUAGCUAUCACAUGUCUAUUGUCCAGUCUUUUCCAAUAAAAUCAUGUUUCAUCUUUA